AGCCAUAUUGACUAGGGCCAGGCAGAGCCAGAGGACAUCAGCUUUAGGGGCAACAAGGGGUCAGGGGAACCAGACUGGCAGGAAACCAGGAUGCUUGCAGAAUCCCUGAUUCAGGUUUAGGAGAACAAAAGCCUAUAACAGAAGACUCCCUCCUGGCUAAGGAGGACUGAAGAUCAGGCUCGGACAGAAAUCUGGGUCAGAGUGAGUUUAGGGUAGAGGAUGCUGGGGGCAGAGAGGGGUGGAUCCACUCUUUGGUGACUGUUCCUUUUUCUCCCAGGUCCUGUCCUUUCUGAAGUGCCUUGUAAAACAGCCCAGAGGAACCUUCAUGGGUAAGACCUUACAACACCAGAACAACCUCAAUUCCUAGUUGCAUCUCAGCCCCAUACCCUCUUCUCCAACUACUUCCUACCCUCUCUCCCUCCCUAUUUCUCUCCUCCUCAGCUCUAACCUUCCCUUGAGCAUUUUGCCAGCUCUUCUGCCCCCAAAGGUGACAUGGGUUUAGGGUCUUAGUGAACCAGCCUGGAACUGGCCCCUGAGACAGAGCUGGAAAUGGACCCAUUCUCUCAAUAUCUUGGGCUCUGUUUCUUUCUCUACAGGUCCUAUGGGCUGUGCCUUCCUCCCUGGCCCAUUCAGAUAAUUGCUGCCACCCCCAGGCUCCCAGAGGCAGCUCGGAUUCUCCAUCCCUAUACAUCCCUCAUCAAAUGGCCAACUGCAAAGAAGAGAGAAGCCAAGCUUAGAUCCCACCUCCUGCCUGAACACCCAGAGAGCCUGGUGCUGCUGGGCUAGGUGUCUCCUACGCUGCAACCAGAGAUACUGGUCCUGGCUGCCAGGUCUCUAAUCUCUGGUCUUGCCGCCUCAGUCCUUUCCUGUUUCAAGGCGAUGUUGCCUCAAAACAAGGACCAAGGGCUGCUACAGAAAGCAGCGCCCCCUGGGGGUCCCCCUCAGGGCCCCUCACAACUUGUGGGCUCCCUUCCUCAGAACCUUCAGCCUUUGCCUCCGCAGAAAUCGCUCCCUUCCGCCCCUCCACCUUGCUCCCCUCCGCCACAGUCCCACUCUCCUGGCUCCCAUUCCUCCUCUUCUGACUCAAAUUCUGACUUUGUCCUACAACCCUGCUCUUCCUCUCUCCCAAGUUCCCCCGUUUUCUUUCAUCAGAAUUGCCCGUCUCUCUCCCUUCCACGUUCCUCCUCUCCCUCCUGCCAUCUAUACCCCUCUCCGCCCCCUGCUCAGUCCUCUAAUCCCUCUCGGCCACAGAACUCCUCUCUCCCACCCUGCCGGUCUCCUUUCCACUCCGAAGACCUACCUAGCUCCACGCUCACUUCCCAGAACCCCAGCCUACCUUGUCCUGGGGUCCACCCCAAUAGGCAGACAUGGCACUGGCCUCAGCACCAGGACACCAGAUCCCCUGGGGUGGCGGAGGGAUGCGUGGCAAGCGAAAAGGACGCUGCAGAGUUCAGGAACCCGGGAGCCCUGGCCCAGGCCCUGGUGGUGCAGCUGGGGUACCGUCGCAUCGCACACGACCUCCGGUUACUCAUUUUGCAGAGCCUGUGGCUAGGCAGAACCGACCAGCCUCCGGUUGUGGAGUACCCUAUAUGCCUGGUGUGUCUCCGGCCCCGCAGUCCCUCUUGCCCCACCCCCAGGUACAGGACUGGACCCCGGCUGCUUGCCUUCCCCCAGCUACUGCCCUGUGCACACGGCCAGGAAUCGAGACCACGCCGCAUGGGCAUCGGCUUUGCUCUCCGCCUGCCUCAAGGCCAGGCCAGGACUUUGCAUCUGUUGCCAGAAAGAAGACGGGAGGAAGCAGGACCUCAGGGCGAGGCCAUGCAGGCCCCUGGGUAUCGAACCCACGCAUUUCAGGCCCCAGCAGCUCAGGCCUGGGCAGAUUCAGCCUCAGGCAAACCCUCCCCGCCCGGGAGCCUCAGGUCUGCAGGCCCUCCAUCACCAAAUUCCACUCAAUGUUCAGGGCCUCCGCGUCAGGCACUCAAACAGGCCGCGGUCUCCCUGAAGCCCGGGCUUUCGUCGGCUCCAAGCCCUGCCUCUCCAGAGCCUAUUCUCCGAAAGUUGCCAUCCUAUUUCCAGAGCCACGGAGGCUCACUGGAGCACCUCUUCUAAACCCUGCCGUCCCCACCAGGCCCCAGAUCUCGGGGAGCCCCCGAGACACCCUGAAGGGCUGGCUGGCUGGCGGUCAGGUGUGUUCUCCAGCCCUGAACCCUGGAAGUCCCUUGUGGAGCCUGCUCUCUCCUGGCUGAAGAGGACCAAGGGUACGGGAGGCCCCAUUCUGCCUUCAAUGUAUCCAAUAAAGCUUAACCCUGCAAAACCUGUGUGUGUGUCCUGUGGAGCAGACACCCUGCGUACCUAAUGGCCA